AUGGCUUUGAGGCGAACCUUAUCUAUAAGGUCCACACUUACCGCUCGGCGAAACCAACUACCUUAUCACAUUAUCACUCGUGAGCAUGAUCACGACGAGGACUCAUUCACAUCUCAGAGAAGUCGUUACCAUAGCUAUCUUCACCAGAGAUCCUCUAACAACUCUGGUUUCUCCCAAAUGACGAGAGGAGGAGGCUUGCAUUUGCCUCUGGCUCCUUCGUCUGGUUUCGCUUUCUAUCGUUAUAUGUCAAGCGCACACGGCGUCGGCUCAGAGAAGAUUGGUGUGAUGACCGACAUUGCAGAAGUCAUAACUGAUUCAACGUUGCAAGAUGCGCCGGCUCAGGUCGCUGCUGCAGUCAGUGAAGUUACGCUUGCAGCUAGUGACUCGUUCUUGCCUAUCGCAGCUCUUCAGCAUUGCAUUGAUAUGGUGCAUACGUUCACUGGUUUUGAAUGGUGGGCGUCCAUUGUUUUAGCAACAAUUGUGAUCCGAACAUCAACAGUUCCUCUCUUGAUCAAACAAAUGAAAGACACAACAAAGUUAUCGCUGAUGAAGCCGCGGUUGGAGGCCAUCCGGGAGGAAAUGCAAAACAAGGGAAUGGACCACGUUACAAUGGCAGAAGGUCAGAAAAAGAUGAAGAAUCUGUUUAAAGAAUAUGGUGUCACUCCAUUCACCCCAAUGAAAGGAAUGCUUAUUCAGGGACCUCUGUUCAUCUGCUUUUUCCUUGCUAUUCGAAAUAUGGCAGAGAAGGUACCUUCAUUCAAAACCGGAGGUGCACUAUGGUUUACCGAUCUGACAACCCCGGACAGUUUAUACAUCUUACCGGUUAUAACAGCAAUGACAUUCUUGAUUACCGUUGAGUGUAAUGCACAAGAAGGCAUGGAAGGAAAUCCAAUGGGAAAGACAAUAAAAAACGUUUUCCGAGGUUUCGCUCUCCUCACAGUCCCCAUGACAAUGAGUUUUCCUCAGGCCAUAUUUUGUUACUGGAUCACAUCAAACCUGUUCUCUCUCACGUAUGGACUUGUGAUAAAGCGUCCUCAAGUGAAGAAGUUUUUAAAGAUACCUGAGCUGCCUCCAACUCCUCCAGGUCAACAACCUUCCUUCGACCUUUUUUCAGCUCUCAAGAAAUUGAAAGGGUUGACACAGGACCCUUCCCAGAACCAGGCACAGCCACUUUCCACAGUAAACCCGAGGAUCUCUUCAACAUCGUUGAGUCCUGUUAGUAAGAGGCUCAAGGCUUUGGAGAGCCAAGUUAAGGGAAGGAAGAAGAACAGCAGCAAGAAGAGGUGA